CCCAUUGGAUAUCCAGUGGAUGGCCAAAAAACGACAGAUAACGAAGACCAGUGUCGUUGUUAGAAGCAGGAGGGGAACAACGGGAGCACGGGAAUCGCGAUGGAGACAGCUAUACUUUGAUUUCAAAAAAUUAAACGUCUUUACGUAGCGUUUUACGUAUUCAAAAGACGGUUGUUUGUUACGCGAUGAGUGAAGCAAAUCAGGAAACGUCCGUAACGAGCACCCAGGAUCGGAUAACGCCAGUUGAAGUUAAUGAAAAUGGAACGGCACUUGAAAAAAAUGAAGAGAGUAAGGCUGAAUAUGAAGGAAGUAAAUCGACUGUUGAAGAACUGUUCCCUUGGAUUUCAGAAUUCAAGAAAAAGUGUAGGUGCCUUCUGGCUCAGCCCAAUAUCGUCUCGUUAAUAAAGCUCAUGAAAUUCUACGCCAGAAAUGUGAGCGUUAACGUUACCGAAUGUUACACCAAACCUUAUAGGGCAGCCAAAUUAAAAGAUUCGAUUAGCGAGACGUUGCUUUUCUUUUUAUUCUUCUAUCGAGAACUUGUAGAGAUAUGCGAUAGAAAUUCAUACCUGGAUAAGAUGUCGGAUUUAUUGGCGAUGUACAUGGAUAUGGAACUGAAGGCAUCUCGGCGAGGGAAAGAACACCACAGCAAAAUUGCCGCCCGUCUAACGUCUUGCCUCUUUGUUUACCUUGAAAACUCAAACGAUCACAUUCUGGAUACAUUCAUCAAAGCAAAAUUCAUCAAUCGGAAUUACCAUGAUAUCUUGGAUCCAAUCCUAACAAAAAUAUCCAAGACUAUACCUGCACGACAUAAUUGUGACACAAUGUAUGUUCGUUACCUGUUGAUCUACCGGCUUUGGAAAAAAGUAAAUAGCAACGCGACCGUGAAGAAUCAGAUAAAUUCAACAGCCAUUUCACACCUAGGGCCACCUCCCGUGUGUCCGACACCAUUUCUGGCCAAAUAUGUGCUGCCAAAGGUUCCAAAAUCUCAGGCAAAUUCGACUAAAUUUCUUUUACUACACAAAUUUGAUAUAGAACAGUCGUGCAAAUUAUUUAUCCAAUACUGCAAGGAAAAUCGAGAGGAUGAAGAUCAGGGUGACCUUGGUAAACCAAAUUUCACUCCAAACGUACCUAGCUUGGAUAACUUGGAAGUGUUGGGAGGCAGUGGCAUGUGCAGAGAUACGAACCACAUUGACAAUCUGAACGACAAUGUCAAUAUACCAGGUGCAGAAACAUGCCAGCGAAAUUUGGUGAAAACAAACUGCAUCUGCAGCGGCAGCGGGAUUUGUAUGGGAAAAUGUUCAGCCCAAGAAGGUACGAAAUCGGUAAAUAACAUGAAAACAAAACAUGAGUCUAGUAAAGUAAUACCAUUGAAGCCGCAUAAACCUGGAAAAGUAUCGCCAAGACCUAAAUCAAAGAAGACAGGUGACAUUCUGUACAUUGAUUUAACGACCGAAGAAAUAACGGAAAAAGUUAUAAAAAAGAAGAAGCAGCUCAAGCUGCACUGGCUGGCAGAAGUGAAGAAGAAACUUAACACGAAAAGUGUAAAAACAGGGGAAAAAAAGAAGAAAGCUCAAUCUGAUGCGAGCAAUUCAUUUAACAACUUACCACUCCCUGGUAUAAUUGACAGCACCUCGGCUAAGUCUUUGUCGACUGCGACUACUCCAGAGCCUUCGGUUUUGCCAGUUAAUGAUGUCACUAAUCCUGUUUCACCCGCAUCGUUGCCAAGUGUGACGACGCAAGUGCCUGAAAAUUGCGUAUUGUCAAACUUUGCAAAUGACUUUGUUCCUGCAGAAAAUUUAGCGAACUCUAAUAAAGACAAAACGCCUGAGUUUGUUGAGAAACUGACGACGUGUGGAGCAACAAAGACAGUUACAAUUCCUUGCACAGAUUCUAGUCACAUGUUAAAGCGUGAUACAAAUUGCAACAAUUCGUUGUCCGAAAUCCAAUCAGAAACAUCUGUUGCUCAAUUGUCCAAUACUUUAAGUCAUAUGUGCGAAACUUAUGACGAUGACAGCAGCACUACCGAUAACAAUAGUAAGAAUCACGUGAACAGUCCAUCUAAACAAAAUGAAACAGGUACUCUAACUGCUUCCACUGAAAACGACGGCAUGUCCAUGGUCCACAAACAAGUAUUAAGUACAGAAAGAGAAGAGAUUUGUGAAACAUCUGAAGUUUACAGAAGUCCUUCGCAGAGCUCCGAUGUCGCUGUCAUUUUCACUCGAGAUGCUUCGGAUGUGGCAAUUGUCGAUCUUGAUGAAUAUGCAGAGGACAAUACUGAAAUAAGCGAGUCGUGCGAGAAUUCUAAUAUCACUUCUGAGAUUGAAAACAUAAGACUGGACUCGUCGUUAUCCAGCUACUUCACGGGCGAUGCGAUACGUGAGAAUAAUAUCAGGAACGAUUUACCAAGGAUUAAAGAUGAGUUUAAUAAUGAUCUAACGAACAUAACUUUCCACACUAAUAAACUUAGAUUAACAAACUCUGGCGAAACGUAUUUAAAUACGCUGAAUGAUACUGUGCAAGAGCAGUCGGUAGACGACGAGAAUAAGUCAGGUAAAAUUCAGAAUGUAAUAAACUUUGCUGUGAAAGAGGAAAGCACUAAUAACGUUGCCGCCUUUGAAGUCAUUGAUUCUGAGAAUACAAACUCUGCUAAAUUUCAUCUGCAAGACAACGUAAAUCAGAUUAUUGUAGAUGCAAUCAAAGAACCAGAAGUAGAUAAUAAAAUAAUGAUUGCGAUAGAAAAGGAAGAAGAAGUGGACUCCUAUCAUUGUCAGAUUGAGCAGAAUACCGAAGAAAGUUUUGAAAAAUCUGAUCCUAUUAAGUACGAUAUUAUGAAACAGUAUGAUUACAAAUCUAGUGAAGGCGAUCAAUUUGAUGGUACGGAAUUAACGAAAUUCACUGAGUUAGAGAUCGUCGAAAGACAGCAGCAUGAUUUUAAAAACAAGGAAUCUAAGUCUGAAACUGCAGAUAAAUUGACGACUAGCGUGGAGAAUGAAUAUGUCGAUGAACAGACAUUGAUACCAAAGAUAAACGAAACUUUGAUUUGUACUGAGAAUAUUGACGAUAAUAUUCAUGAUAUUUCGAAUGAUCUAUUAGCGAGUCAAGAGUCUCAAUUUCGUGAAAAUAUUGACGGCUUAUCACUGCUGGCCAGUGUAUCACAGCAUGUAUCCAACCUUGAGUAUUCUGAGAAAUCGCUAACUAAACCAAAAAUUGUAGACGAAGAAAUUUCGUGUCUUGCCACGAAAAUUAAAAGAAGUCAUUUAUUGAGGAAUAAGGGUGUGAUCAAAGAAGUCAGUAAUGAAAUCUUGCUUGACGUAAAUAACACCAUCAGCUGUAAGAGUAUCAACGAAAUACAGGAUAUAUGGCAAAAAAUAAACGACAAUAAAAUCCACGGGACUGACUUGGGGUUAGAAAGCUCAUAUAAUAAUAUAACAGAAAAUGAAUCUUUAGACAUGAUUCCUCUUGUUCUAGAAACAACGGUGGAUCUCAAUUCAAGUACACUGCAUAACAAUAUGAUCUCAGUUGAUAACGUAACGCAGAUGAUUAAGGACAGUACAAACGUUAUAGUUAACGGAGAGACCGUUGUUCUGUUACAAAAAUCGCCAAACAGUAAUUUAUAUAUUAUCAACAAAGCUAGCGAUAAUACAGCCGAGUGUUUGGACGAGGAUAAGAAGAGCACCACUAAUACAACCAAAAGGAUCUCUACAGCUAUGCGCGAUAUUAUGAACCACAUUCCGAUAAAUCUCUCGAGAAAGAACACGGAUCGUCAAGAUGGAGGGAAAAUUCAACGUUAUAAAGUGCAUACUGUUGGUAAGAACAGAGUUUCCAGACAGUUAAAAUCAGUCAUUGAUAGGUGUAGCCAACACAGAAAUAAAUCGGAUAUCGGAUAUAUUAAGAAGGAAAUUCUGAGCAAAAGUAACUACGAUGAGAUCUUUAGACAGCGAAGUACCGAUACACCGCAAUCUGUGAUAGAGUUAGAGUCUAUCGAACAACCGCUGCCACCGGUAACCAGACUCACUGAAACGCCGACCGAUGUUCAGAUGACGACGAAUCAGCGGGUCAGUCAAGAAUCUGGUGUGAUUAAUAUGACAACAACUGGAAGAUUGAGCGGGAAAUUAUCAAGUAAGAAGCAUGAAGAUAAAGCUAAAGGUACGUCGAUUGAAAAUGUAACAUUUAAACAUAAUAUAAAACAAGAAUUUGAAAGCUGUGUCGACGGCUCGACUACCGAAAGAUCAUCCUGCUAUGGAAGUCAAUUAACGCCUGGCGAUUUUCAUCUGCAGGUAUCGAAAAAAAAUUAUAAUAAUAUUAAUUCCAGUAACAUGUUGCCUUUAAACCCAAGAAGCCCACCUAAAAUUCCACAUGUCUAUAGCACAGUGACUACAUCUGCAAAUUUGUACAGUCUUGAACAUGAGCACUGUGACUGUGCACCUUGUAAUAUGAAGGUGAGUUCUUCCCAGCCGUAUCAAACAAUCCCACAACCUAUUCCGACUUGUCAACUGUCCCAUUGUGCUUGUUUGAAAUGUGCUUACGAGUUACAUUACAGACAAUAUCUACCCCACUCUUCCUAUCUUCAAACGAAUUCCUACUUUGUCCCUACCGAUGCUAAACCAACAUCUAAAAACAAUGUUGUACAAGAAAAGGCGUUGAAGCUGACCGAAGCAGUUUUGGCAAAAUUCGACGACGAUCAGUUGCUGCAUAAAAUUGAACAGAGUAUUAUAGAUAAUAAGGUAUCAAACCCGACCAAUGCUAAAAAUAACGUUCCAGACGUGAAGUAUAAACCUGAAUUCGAUAGUAAAUUACCUUUGAAAAAGAGACUAAAAGCCCAUGCAAUGAUGUCGAUGAGUUAUCAAGACACACCGAUAAAACUUGAAAAAGUUGAAAACUAUCCAGGGACACCGAUGAUGUCCAUAGCGGCGCUGGAAGCCAGAAAUCUCACGCAGAAUGCCGUCCCUGUUUUCGAACAAAAACCAACGAUGCCUUCCGCAGUAAUAGAAUUAUCUCCUCGACUCAAAGACGAUUCAUCUCAUCACACUACGGAGAUGAUAAGAAGGGAUUAUUUGAAGGAUACUUCGCUUACUUCGAUAGGAAAUUGCGCCAACGUGGAUGAGAAAACAAGAAAAAUGAAUCAUCAUCGGCGUCAAACUGCUGCUGAAGUGAACGUUACAGCGUCCGGAUGUCAGAAAAGUUUUAAAACCCCGGCCCAGCGUAAAGAGAUCUCAAUUCAAUCGCCAACUUCGUUGAAAAGAAAAACUACCACCGUUCCCAACCACCCAAAGAGUCCUAAAAAAGUGAAAAAGGCAAACGUUGGUAAAACUAAAGGUAGACAAACCAGAAGCUCUACAAGAAACAUUCCCAAAGUGGAUUACAACUACGAUGGUAUAAUUGAUCUUGCCGAUCCUAAAUUGAACACGUUUACUGAAUUGAAACGUAAACGUAAAAAGACUGGCCGAUGAUUAAUACUAUUUGACAUGGAGAAGUGAGAACGAUUAUUGUUAUAAGAUAUAAAAUAAGCGAGGAGAAAAGAUCGUUGCAUGGGCUAUUUAAAAUUCAAAUCCUAAUAUUUGUGUAUAUAGUUGUAAUUAAGCCAUAACAGGAAGAUUCUAGAUGACAUAACGCCUCGUCAGAAGAUGGAACAAUGAAGAUUUAAUACAUCAGCAUUUCCUCAUGAAGAUAACGAGUCGCGCCAGAGAAGAAGCAGGAUCGUCUUCACUGGAAGAUAUUUGAAAGAAACAUUGUUGAUUCUAUAUUUUCAAAGUAUUAAGGACUUGAGUUACAAAAAAAAAACCGUCAAAAUUUUUCAUAAUCUAUCAAGUAUAUAUAUAUAUACUUACUACCAGCUGAUAAAUUUUCGAAAAAAAAAAAAAUGGAAAAUCGAGACAUAUGCGUCCCAUAAAAGAAUGUAAAUAGAAACAUGUAUAUACUCAAACACAUGUAUGCAAACAUACAUGAUAUUUUUCACUUCAGGAAAUAUUGCAUGGGUCAAAUAAAUAACAAAUUCUCAUUUUUACUUUGGAGAAAAGAAACAAGAAAACAAAAAGCGGUAAAAAAAAAACAGCGAAUUUUAUGCAAAUUAAUAAGCUGUGAGAGUAGAAUCUUUUCUGUGUUUGAAAAAUUGCAAAGUUAAUAUUGGUGUAGAGAUCUUGUUUGAAAAAAAUAUUUAUACAGUCAUUAGUAGAUUUUAUAUUUAAAAAAAAAAAAAAAGAUAAUAGUAUUUAUAGUAAAUUCUGGCAUCGAUACUACUCCUACUACUUCUACUACUAGUACUACUACUACUACGUCUGCCUGGAGGUAAGACCACUUUAUCCUGUGAUAAAAUAAUCUAGAAAAUAUGUGUGUUACCACAAUAUUGUGGAAGAAAAAUCUAUUCGUGAUAUAUGAAAGCGUUAGAAAUUGAUGUUUCACAAAGAUAAAACUUAUAGGUGCAUGAUUUGCGGAUUAGAAGAUUAUAACUUUGCUAAAGGCAAAGAACAGAAAGAGAGAAAUUUAUCGAUGUUUUUUUUUUAUUUAUUUAUUUUUUUUUUUUUUCUAAAAUUCAUUGUUAUAUCUACGCACUUUUAACGUGCUAUGGUGAUAUUAAGGUGAUCUAUUGAUCCAGAUACGGCAAAGAAGUUAUUUUACCUUAAAUUUUAGGAAAACAAAAAAAAAUUAUAAUUUUCCAAAUUUUAUUUAUCUACCUUUAUUGAUGUUUAUUGGCUGUUUAUCGAAAUUUCGCCAACACUAUUAUUAAUAUUAUUACUAUUAAUAUUACUACAUUUGUUAUGUUUUAUUUUUACGCGUAUUCGAACGUACUAUAUCGGACAAUUACAAUACAAGUUAUUUCCAUAGUGUCUAUAUCGAAUUCCAGUGCGAUUACUCUUGAAAGAAAAUUAAUAGAAAAAAUGGUAACGAAGAUGAUAUGAGAACGUUUCAUUGAACGUUUACAAGGAUACUACUUAAAAAGCCUUUCUUCAAAUUUACCUUAUUGUGGGUAUACAAAAGUAUGAAAAUUACAAUAUAUUUUUGGAGAGAAUUUUAAUAUAAAUCAUUUAAACUGAUUAAUUAAUAAUGUCGAAUAACAUAUUGUUAAAUGUGUGUCGCGGAUUUUUAUUGCAACUCAGCCACCUAAAGAAAAGCGACCCCGAAUACACUGUGUGCACAAUAAUUUGGCGACCCACGAUUAAAGCUAUAAAAAUUGAUCUUCCAAAAGAUACAUGCCUACAUACUAAUACAAAACGCAAUUUUGUGAAGAAAAAGAAUAAGAGACACUCAUACGCUACGCGAUACACAAAAAAAGAAACAAAAUACUCGAUUCGCCCUUCGCGAUUUCAAAAGCCAAAAAUAAAGAAAUGGAGGCAAAAUGUCACAUAAAUCUGAAAUCUAAUUGCGCUAGUCGCCCUCUCAAUAUUAAACAAAAUUAACAAGAACAAAAGAAAUUAUUCGAAUGCGAUAAUCGCGAUCGUAUUUACUAACCUACGGCGCUAAUCAUCACGGAUUUUGACUCAAUUUUAAUUACGGCGCUAUUCGUCAAACACAAAAAAAGAAGUAAGUGAACAGAGUCGAAUCUUGCAACUAAUCAUGGCGCUAAUCUGUCGAUUGCGCUAUUCGCAACGGCAUUACAGAACCUUAAUAAUUAUUCCGCUUCUCAGAAAAAUAAUCCUCAAUAUAACACAAGCUUGACUUAAGAGGGCUAACCGCGACGCAUUCGAAACUCUAAUAUUACUUU